AUGUCUUUGAGUUCAACUUCCCAAGCUUAUGGUCAAAAUGAGACACUCAUUUCUUCCAUCCGAAAUAUUAUAAAAGAUUAUCCCUGUCAAAGUAUACUUAAAGAAUUCCUUCAAAAUGCCGAUGACGCUGGAGCUUCUCGGUUUCAUGUUAUAAUUGACGGACGUUCUCAUCCCACCGAAACUCUACUUCGCGACGAAAUGAAGGUCUGGCAAGGUCCCGCUAUUUUGAUGUUCAACAAUGCUAUUUUCAAGACAAAAGAUUUUGAUUCGCUUAUGCAGAUACGUGUUGGCGGAAAACAAGACGAUGAUACGAAGAUUGGGAAACAUGGGUUAGGUUUUAACUCGUGUUACCACUUUACUGAUGUUCCGAGUUUUAUAAGUGGCGAUUCUAUUGCAUUUUUGGAUCCUCAAGAAAAAUUCUUGCCAAAAAGAAAUGGCGAAACUCAACGUGGGAUUAUUGGACCUUUUCCAAAAAAUGGUAUUAGAGGAUAUUCUGAAAAAGACCAAUUAGUUCCUUAUGAAGGAAUUGAAGGUAUCGAUUUCCGUUCAACUUUUCAAGGAACACUCUUUCGAAUACCACUUCGGAAACAACCAAGUGAUAUUUCUGACAGUAUUUUUACAACGAAUCAAAUCCUCGAAUUGUUCACCAGUCUUAAAUCAACUAUUUCCUCCCAAUUUUUAUUUCUUCGAAGCAUCGAAACAAUUGAAAUUUCUCAUAUACCUGAGACAUCUAUUCCACCACAAAUGAAUUCACUUUAUAAAGCGGCAAUAACGGGAUUGACUGAAAAUGUGAGGAAUCAAAGAAAAUGCAUUAAAGACAAUGAAAUUCAAGCUUUUCAAAUGGAUAUCGAACAGACUGAAGAUCAUAAUACUUUACAAAAUGACACUUGGAUUAUAGUCACUGGUGCUCAACCAAAUCCUGAUGAUCCUCAGCUGAUUAAUUAUGCCAACCGAUAUCGAUUACGCGUAUUAGGAGGUAUUGCUGCAUUAUAUAAAAGUUCGAAUAACCGGAACAAUAACGUAUUAGAAAGUAUUGCUGCAUUUCAUAACAGUACGGUUAAUCGCGACAUUCGUAGUUAUGCAUACUGUUUAAUGAGAAGUUUUAAUGAUAAUAUUUUUGGCGGGAGAUUAUAUUCUUUCCUUUCGUUACCCGACACGACGAAUUUGCCAUUUCAUCUUAAUGGAACCUGGGCUCAAGGCUCAGAUCGUGGAAGGUUAUUAAUAGAAAGAGAUUAUUCGCCGGAUAUAGAUCAACAGAAGCUAAAUUGGAAUAGACAUAUCCUGCUUGAUUUCCUUCCUAAAUUAUAUUGCAAACUUAUAAAAAAAGCCGUCGAAUUGAAAGAAAAGGAGAAUAUUGAGGGUAUCGAAACAAUCAAUUUUGAAAAUCAAAGUCAUCCUUUUUCCAAGUUCUGGCCAUUUCCACAUUCCGUCCAAAAAAGUAGUUCAAAGUACGUAAUUGAGUUCGGUUUCAAAGUACUUGAACAUAUGAUACAAAAAGAAGACUUUUUUGAUGGCAGCAUUGAGAACCGUGUAAACUCUCAAUUCGAGCUCCUAUCGCGUGGUCAAACUUAUGCGCUCCGUAACUUUCUACAUAUUGCCUGGCAUGAAAUAGCAACUCCCAAUUUCAAGUCAAUAGCUCGCUUCUUUCCUAUUUGGGAAGUUUUAUCGAAUCCAUUAGUUGGAAAUUCAGAACCGCUGCCUUUAAAGCCAGCGUCUUGCGGAUAUAUUUUAGAAAGAAAAAUCAAACAAUAUCAAAUAAAGACUUCCAAAAUCUAUUUUGAUGCUCUUAACGAUCUUGAUCGUUCAAUUUUAAUUCAACUUAAUGUACCCAAGCGAACCAUUUAUGAAUACACUUUCGAGGAUGUAGAAUUUCCUAGAGAAUAUGAUAGACAUUAUCUCGAUUUCCUUAAAGACAUACUUAAAGAUAAUCGAAUUGUUCAAAAUCUAAGGAAUAAACGCUGCUUCCCCAAUUCAAUUACAAACAAAUUAAAGAAAAUCUCCGAUCUAUACGACAAUAGCAACCUGGUUUUUCGGACCGUGUUUGGCGGAGACUCUAGUGUCUUUCUUCAUCCUGAAUUCUCCGAAUACGGAAUGAUUCUAUCGACAAUUGGAUUUAAAAAUAAAAUUGAUUUAGAGAUAUUCAGAAUGUGUGCUGUUAAAGUCAAGGAAUUAUUGCAAAGGGACCCCGAACCCCCAUCUGACAUACGUUAUCGUGGCUUUAUCCUGGUUGAUCAUCUAUAUAAAAAUAUUAAUUCUUUAAAUUUGGAUAGCUUAGAAGGAAUUCCAUUCAUCCCAAUUACCAAAAGUUUGGGCAAGCCAUACAAUCUACAUUAUAAACACCCUCAUGCUUUAGAUUGCUUGAAUAACGUUAUUCUUCACGCAUAUAGAGAAGUCGCGUGGAGUAAGAUGCCAUUGAUUGCGGAAGAUGUAAUACCACCUCAACAAGUGCUCGAAAAAUAUCCAUCAUUUGGUAAACCAGGUGUUUCUAUUGUAAUCAGUCAUCUCCGCUUCUUGUAUUCAGUACUCCGGAACGAAGAAGUAUGGAAGAAAGAUUGGGCUGAUGUAUUUAGAAACAACAUUUACGAGGUUUAUAAAUGGCUAGAUGAAGAAUGUUGUUCAAAUGAAGAUCUCGACUUAUCGGAACACAUUUGUUCCGAACCAUUAUUCCUUAAUUUCAAUAGAAAUCAAGAUCCAUUUAACCUUGAAAAUUGGGUUACUUCAGCCGAUUUGGUCUUGAACAGCGAAAUUGACGAGGUGAAGUAUGUCCAUCCAGUUCUUGCAAAAUAUCCUACCAUGCUCAAAAGUGCCGGUGCUCGCGAAAUAAGGCGGUCUAAUGUUCAAAUUAAUGUCAGAAAGCACGACCAAUCACACCAUAAUAAAAAAACUCUGUUUAAAUUUCUAUUUGAUCAGACAUCCUCCUUGCAUGAAGUAACUUUUGUUGUGAAUGGUGAAAAUAUAAAAGCAAGUCGAUAUAUGCUCGCUGCAAGCUCUGAAUUUUUUCGCCAAAAAUUUAUUUCUGAAGAAACCAUUCCGACUAACCCAAUCACGAUUACUAAUAGGGAUAUUGAACCUAAUUCGAUGCGCAUCUUAUUACGCUAUAUGUAUGGCCAAGAUAUUGAUGACGCAAUUCAAAAUCGACUAAGUUUAAAUGGUAAUGUGGAUCUUAGUUUUGAACCGAAUACCGAUGAAUCUCAAGUAUUGGUAUUAUACAAGGACUUGCUUAAAUUAGCAGAUGAUUACAAGUUAGAUCAUUUGAAGGAGCUUAUGGAAUUGAGACUCUCAAGAUUAGUUCUCAUGUCGAACGUAGAUGAAAUGAAAAGAUUUGCAGAAAUUACGAAUGCCAAUCAGCUCAAUGAAUAUUGUCAUGAUUUUAAUCGCGUUAAUAGCGGCAUUAGGGCUUGA